AUGUUGAUUCCAACAAACAUUUUUCUUGCUGUUUUAACUUUUGUUUAUGGUCAGACUCGAAAUGCAGCGCAAUUUGGUAUGAUGAUACAAUUUCAAGGUCUGAACGCAAUGGAAUAUGAAGGCUAUGGAUGUUGGUGUGGAUAUGGGACUAAGGGUGAUAUGACCGUUGAUGCAACUGAUCGUUGUUGUCAAGUUCACGAUCGAUGUUAUGACGAAGCACAACUUACACACAACGAUUGUCUCUUGGGUAAAGCAACAUUGACUACGUAUGAUGCUACUGAUUAUGCUGGUGAUAUUAAAUGUACCGAUGAACGGAAUACAUGUGAUUAUGCUGUGUGCAUGUGUGAUCGAGAGGCUGUCAAAUGUUACAAAAAGCAUGUGGCAACAUUUGAUUUAGACUUUGAUAAUUGGGAAGGUGUUUGUGAUCCAUCUGAUACAACGACCGAAAAGUGUUUCGAUGCUUGGGACAAAACAAAGGUUUACGUGAACGGAAUGGAUGUUUCAAGACAUGGUAUCAAUUACAGAGCGAAUCAUUGGUCACUUGGGAGUCCACCAGAGUUAAAUCACAAUUUUGGAAAAGAUCUAAGUCGAGAAUUUGCUAAAGGAAGCAAAUGUAGACCUGCGUCAUAG